AUGGGGACGUUAGUUGAUAAUAUAACCCAGUACUAUCACUAUAUCAACGAUGAUAUUGCAGAUCCUAGAACAAACACCUUUCCGCUGGUGUCGAGUCCUGUGCCCAUCCUGGUCAUAAUGGUGGUAUAUCAUCGGUUCGUGCGCUCGUGGGGACCCGCCUUCAUGGAAAAGCGGCAGCCAUACGAUCUCAAGAAAGUUAUCAUAGGAUACAACAUCAUACAAAUAUACCUGUCCGCAUUUUUAGCAGUUCAGUGUAUGAUCAGACUAUACCUGCCAGGGAAUUACAGCAUAUGGUGUCAGAAGAUUAUCUAUGAAGACACCCCGUUGGAGAAAAUGGUCGUCGGCUACGUGUGGCUCUACUACAUGGUUAAGAUAGUCGAUCUAUUGGACACGAUAUUUUUCGUUUUGCGGAAAAAGUUCACACACGUAUCAUUUUUACACGUGUAUCAUCACCUGGGAAUGUGUUUGCUCGGCUACAUCGGUACCAAAUAUGUCCCAGGUGGACAUGGCGUGAUGUUGGGAUGUAUAAACUCCAUGGUGCACGCAGUCAUGUACUCUUACUAUCUCAUAUCUAUCGUGCGCCCGCACUGGGUUCAGCAGUGGUGGAAGAAGUACAUCACGCAAUUGCAAAUUCUCCAGUUCCUGCUUCUGAUUAUUCACUUCGGUCACGUGCUGUUCGAGCCAUCGUGUGAAUACCCCAAGUGGAUAUCUUUCAUGUUUCUGCCACACAACAUAUUUAUUUUAUAUCUGUUCUCCGAUUUUUACAUAAAAGAAUAUAUUUUAAGGAAGUGUAAAAAUACGUAG